UCAAAAUGCAGAAGUUUUUUGCAGGCUUGGGAUUGUUGACAAUGAUCGGCCUAACCGGCUCGGUUCAGGCAAGGGAGGCGUGUACAUAUGAGCCGACCGUCUUAGUGCAUGGUGGGGCCGGCGAUGUGUCCGAUGCGGCCAUACCAAAUAAAAAGCUGGGCGUUAAGUUAGCGGCUCGCAAGGGUUUUGAGAUCUUAAGGUAUACGGGGAGCGUAUUGGAUGCAGUGGAAGCGGCCGUGAACUCCCUGGAAGCUGAUCCAAACUUUAAUGCUGGCUACGGUUCGGUGCUUAACUGGGAUGGCGAAGUUGAAAUGGAUGCGGCCAUCAUGAAUGGAGCCGAUCUAAGCGCUGGUUGUGUAUCUUUAGCACGCGAUAUCAUAAAUCCAAUCAGUUUGGCCCGUCGCAUCAUGGAGUCGACUAAGCAUCGUUAUAUAGCUGGACCCGGCGCCAUGCGCAUUGCCGAGCAGGAGGGUUUCAAUCUGCUACCUCCCGGCGCUUUGAUCACGGAAGCGGCUAUCAAAGCAUUGCAAGACUACAAGAACAGCUUGAAUGCCACACAAACGCAGAAGGGCGUGGUGUAUGGCUCGCCUGGCACUGUGGGUGCCGUGGCCAUUGAUGCAUGCGGCAAUGUGGCUGCGGCCACGUCCACUGGCGGUUUGACGGGCAAACUGCCCGGUCGGAUUGGUGAUUCGCCCAUUUUAGGCGGCGGCACCUAUGCAGACAAUGAAUCGGGCGCCGUAUCGGCCACUGGACAUGGAGAGACCAUAAUGCGCUACAAUGUGGUUGCACGCAUGCUCGCGCUGGUGGAGCAUGGCAACUAUACGGCACAGGAGGCGGCUGUCCAGGUGCUGGAGCAGAUGACACAACGCUUCAAUGAAACCGCCGGAAUCAUUGCCGUCGAUUAUAGGGGACAACUGGGCAUUUACUUUACAUCGAACCGCAUGUCUUGGGCCUAUCAGCGUGGUAAUCAGGUACAUUUUGGCGUCGACGCUGGCGAAGAUGAAAUUGAAUUUGGUGAACCGCGCACAACUGAUAAUUAA